UAUUCAUAUCCAGAUAAUUUUUUUGAAUUAGUUACAUCAACAUCAUCGUCAUCGUCAAUUAAAUCAUGUUAUUUACCAGGAUUAGAAAUUCAAGAUGAAUUAUUAUUUCAAUCACAAAUUGAAUAUCUUACAGUGACAAUUGAAGAUAUAGCAUUACUUCUCAAUUUAUUAGCUGUAUUUCCUCAAUUAAAAUAUCUUAAUAUUUCAUUACGAUCAUCAUUAGAUAUAGAUGAAAAUAGUUUACCUAAAUUAAAUAUUAUUUCAUGUAAAAAUCUUCAAAUAUUGAAAUUUAAUAUAUUAGAAAGAUCAAAUAUUGAUUUUCAUGAAAUUAAAUAUUUUUUUCAACAAAUAUCAUUUGAUUAUCUCAAAUCAUUUUCAUAUAAUUGUACAACAAAUUCUUUAAAUCAUAUUGAUAUUAUAAGUUGGAAUAAAAUUCUAUUAAAUUAUUUAUCUAAAAUAGAAAAAUUUCAUUUUUUUCUUCAAAUUCCAUUUAAUUCAUGUACAUACAUGGAAGUCAAACAAAUAUUUAAUAAUAUACAAACAAAUCUUUCUUAUACAUGUCCAUUUUCUUUUUCAAUCAAUCAUUUAUAUUAUAUAAUUCAUACAAAUACUUAUCCUAAAACUCAUUUUGAUUUAUCAUUUAAAUUAUUUGAAUCCGAUAUAUAUUUAAAUUAUGAUCCAAUAAAUUGUGAUAAAACAAUGAAAUUUUCAAAAGUUAAUUCACUUACCUUAGAUAUUAAUUUAAUGUCAUCAUUUACAAUAUUACCAAAAAAUAUCAAAUAUUUACAAAUUCAAGGUCAACAAAAUAAUUUAAAUCUUGAUAAAUGUCUUAGACAAUGUUCAAAUCAACUUGUAUCAUUAAAAAUUUUUGGAUUACCAAAUGAUUUACCUCGUAUGCCUAAACUUCGACAAUUAACUAUUCAAAAUGUUAUAUUUAAUUUAAAUAUGAUAUCAAAAUUAUCAUUUUUAUGUCCUCAUCUUGAAUUACUUACUAUUGAAAUUGAUUGUAUUCAACAAUUUGGACAAAUAUUAGAUCAACUUCGAUAUAAAUCUAAUUUGACUGGACUUAAAUUUAUACGUGCAUUUUCAAGAGAUCCCAAUCGAACAUGGACAUCUUGGCUUAAUGAAACUGAACAAUUAAUUAAUAAUAAUAAUAUAAUCUAUGAAACAAAAAGUUUAUUUCUAUUUAUUUGGUUAUAA